AUGCCACUCUUACGCGCCGCGCUCCGCCGCUUAUUCUCCACCGAGUCGUCGGGGACCCCGAAGCUACGGAAUCUGCCGUACCGACUCCGCCGCGCCGCUGUCCCCGCCGCUCGCACCGCCGUCUCUGACUACCUCAUCUCCACGCGCUACCUACCCUCCUCCCAUGCCGACUCCAUCGCCGGCCUCGCCCCGCGCUCCCUCCUCGACUUCCUCGCCGGUAUCCCGGCCGUACCCAGUACCUUACCUUCCUCCGACCUCCCCUCGCUCCUCCGCCGCCACCUCUCCUACCACCCUCUCAACGAGCUCCCCUUCUUCCUCGAGUCCAUCGGCCUACCCCCUUCCAUCGACUCCGACCUCAUGUUCCUCAACGACCAUCCCUCCCUCCUCCAGGCCGUCGCCGUGCUCGCGCAUUUCGGCUUCCCGUGGUCCCGUCUCGGCCUCCUCUUCCCAAAUGUCCUCCUCCAAGUCCCUCCCGACCUCAUCUCCGCCCGCCUCGUCGCCCUUGAGGAAUGCCUCCGCCCAUUGCUCCGUGCCGCCAUCAUUGCUGCCUGCCUUGCUUUCCCCUCGCUUAUUGAGAAUGAUCUCUCCAGCAGUGCCCCCCUGGUCGAUGAUCUUAGGAGGGCGUAUGGAGGAUUGGAUCCGGAUUUGGGGGCUAGCAAUGACAUUGAUAUGUUCUUGCGGGUGUGCCGCAGGAUGCAGAUGUUCUACGAUGCUGGGGUGAAGAUUGGGAGCAUCGGAGGGCUUGUUGGGUGCAAUCAGAGGGUGUUUCUUGAGCUUAAGGAGGAGCUGAUUGGUGAGAGGUUGAAAUUCUUCAAGAGUCUGGGGAUGGCAGGGGAGGAAGCAGGCAAGUACUUACUGAGCAAUCCUGGGGUUUUCGAUAUUGAUUUUGAUGAUGUGGUGAUCUCAGUGCCGGAGUACCUGAGGAGAGUUGGAUUGGUCGACGAUGAGGUUGAUGCGGCGGUGAAGUUGCACCCAUUUGUGGUUGGGAGGAACAGGCUGAAGAACCUCCCUGGUGUGCUGCGGGCAAUGGGGCUGAGUCAUCGGUUCCUGGAGAAAAUUUCUGGUGGCGGGGAGAGCUUGCGGUAUUUGUCACCAGAUUUCGUGGCGGAGGAUGCUAGUUAUGAUCUGGAGGUUGAAAGAGCAUUCUUGGAUAGAAUGGUUAAGGUGAAGGCGGAGAAGAAUGUGCAGCUUGUGGAUGCCAAACUGGAGUUCUUGAAGAGCAUCGGGUAUGGUGAGAACAAGAUAGCCACACACGUAAUCCCCGUUCUGCACAGCACUCAGGAAAUGCUGCAAGAGCGAUUUGACUACCUCCUCGAAAGAGGGGUGGAGUACACGAUGCUGUGUCGGAUAGUGAGUGUGUUCCCAAAGGUACUGAACCAGGGCAAGGAGAUGCUCAAUGAGAAGUUGAACUACAUGACUCUGGAGCUGGGGUACUCUUUGGAGUAUCUUGAUUGCUUCCCAGCACUACUGUGCUUUGAUUUGGAGAACCGGGUCAAGCCUAGGUAUGCAAUGCUUCGGUGGCUCCAAGAGUAUGGUCUUCUUAAAAGACCACUAGCCCCGGCAACCGUGCUUGCUAACUCAGAGAAGAAGUUCAUUUCCAACCUCUACAAUGUGCAUCCUGCAGUGCCAAAGCUGUGGCUUGAGUGCUUUUCUUCAAGAAUACACAUGGAGUGUUACCUCAAGAAUAUACAACACCAGCAUCCAGAUAAUGAAUAACUGGAUGGCUUGAAUUAUAUUGGCAUGAUUAUGAGAACCAUUGGUACAGAGGAUUGUGAUCCUUUCCCUCCAGAAGGUACUAGUCAGUCAUUGCAUCUUCCCAUUGUGCAAAAUUCUUUGCUCCUGCAUAUUUAGCUGUAGAGCGCAGGAUGAUGAAGUGGAACAUAGCAAUUCAAGAGCCAACCAUGUAAUUCAAUUUUGAUAAAACUGUGUUGUACAUUGUAGAUCUAGGACUAUGCAUUUGCCGUUUGACGGUUAGGCAUCACAUGGAGAAACAUAAUAUAUUGAUCUGAGGUGAUAGACUACUACUGAUCAUAAUUAACAUUUUGGUUAAAUGAUGUUUCCAACAUCGUCAUUUGGUUGCAUCAUGCUGAACUCAUGUUAUAUAGCACUGUAAGAACAUGCUAUAUAAACAAAGAUUGCUGGCUUAUGACAGGAAAAGAAACUUUAAUUGUAUUUGCACCACAAUUAUUGAUAUCGUUCAGCUGUGAAUUGCUAUUACAUUAUGUCUUGCAAUAUUUUUUAAUGUGAUGCUAUCUCUUAUAUUACUGCUAUCUCUUCAGGAGGUACUGUAUUUUGUACUUUAGAUCCAUGGUAAUUUACAUUUGGUUAUUAUUACUUACCCUCAAAUGAAAGGCAAUCAGUUCAGAACUUGCAGUAUUAAUCCAAUCACACCUUUGUUACUUGAUUUGUUCGUAUUCAAUUGAAAUUGUUAGAUCCUGUAAUUCUUUAAAAUGUCUUGAAUAAAUCAGGUCUGGAUUGCAAACUUUGCAUUUUAAGUAAUUGGCGUGGACUGGUAACUAUGAGUUUGUAUCGGGUAAGUUGGUCAUGAAUAUGAGAUGUUUGUCAUAAUCCAACAGUUAGUUCCCUAUAUCUGUGAACUGUAUAUGGACAGUUAACCACUGUUACAGUUCACGAGUAUGAAAUAUGCUGAUUGCCAAGCAUAAGACGGAACCAAUUGAAAAAUAAUUUUAAAAGUUAAUACAGAUUGAAAGGCUGAUAUUAUUUAAGUAAACAACUCUGAGCUAUGCAAAACCAAUUUGAAAUCAUGUAAACAUUAGUGAAGUCUGAAAUUAUGGUAGAGUAGUAAACAACUGCAGGCUGAUAGGUACUCCAUCUGAUCACUAAUAUAUGUGGCUUUGUAAUUGGACAUUGCCACAGUUCUUCAAG